CCUCGGACACACAAAUAUCUUCUGCUAUUAGAAGUUUUUUGCUAGAAUGCACAUUGACUAUAAUUGACUUUCAAUGUGGCCAUUGUUAGUACGGUUGCUGAACAGGUAAUGCGAUAUCACUAAUAUGGCGAAGGCCAGCAAAAAUAUAUAGACGUACACGAUGCGUAGGAAUUAUGAUAUUUCCUACAGCGCGUGAAUCCAACGUUAUUAUUUUGGGUAUGUGAGCUUCUUGUGCAAAAGAAAACACGGUGAUGUCAUGAACCUCUCGGAAGACAGCGCGACCGGACACGUUCCCGUCACGCGCUCGGAUGCAUCAGACUGCUUCAUCUGAAGCGAGAUGCCCUCCGCCGGUUCUUCAUGACGAGCAGAGCGCGCGCGCCGCGCAUCACCGCCGGAGAGCCGGCGGGUCAGCUGGUAAACAAGCGGCGGGCUGAUGUGCGUGUCCAGAGUUUGAGUCUUUGAUGGAGAUGCAGGAGGCUGGGACCGGCCUGACGGAUGGAUGUGACACGACACCGCGCCGCUCCACGUUCACCCCCUUGAGCGAAGCGGGAUAAGCCUCCUGGCAAAAUACCGGGGGGGGGCAGUGUUUGGUAAAGUGCGCGUUUCAUCCGCGGAACACGUCAUAUUAGUGCAGAGCCUCGGCGGUGUUUUUAUUUGCUUGCUUGUGUCUCAUCGCGGACAUGUCCUUCGCCAUGGAGGAUCACGUGGAGUCGGGAUGGGUGGCCGUCAGACCGAAUGCAUUCGAGGAGAGGGAAAGGCAUAAAUUCGUUUUUAUCGUCGCCUGGAAUGAAGUGGAGGGUAAAUUUGCCGUCACGUGUCACAACCGGACGGCGCAGAGGAGAAGCUUCGGUAGGGACGCACCGGGGCAGGAGACCGGCCUGGACGGGGACAAAACAAAAUGUCCCGAAUGUCCCGUCGGGGCAUCUGGGGGCCGAGGAGCCACGCGGGCUGCGGUGAGCUGCGGCUGCAGCCCGCAGCAGAGCGAGUUGUGCGCAGAAACAAAAUUAAGUCCUUUCCAAGUCCUCUCGUUCCCCUCGCUGGACAGCUUGGGCCCGGAGGACUACAGCUGGGCCGGGCUGUUCUCCUUCCAGGACCUGCGGGCCGCUCACCGGCAGCUGUGCUCGGUGAACUCGGACCUGGAGCCCUGUCUCCCGGGGUUCCCCGAGCAACCGGCCGGCGCGUGGACGGUGCUGUUCGGCUCGGCCCGAGUGCCCGAGACCGAGACGGAUGAGCUGUGCUGCCGUCUGCAGGCGUACCUCGGUCACGCGCUCGAUGCGUGCGGGUGGAAGAUCCUCUCGCAGGUUCUGUUCACGGAAAACGACGACCCGGACGAGUACUACGAGAGCCUGAGCGAGCUGAGGCACUGCGGGUACGAAGCGGCGCUGCGCCGCGCGACGCGACACCUGCAGCAGCUGCUGGAGAAGCACAAGACCAUGGACAGUAUGGUGGAGCUGUUGGAGCUGUAUAAGGAGGAAGAUGAGGCCUACGGAGGAGUGCUAGACUCCUCCACACAGCUCUACCAGUACCUGCUGCAGCCCUUCAGAGACAUGCGGGAACUAGCAAUGCUGCGCAGACAGCAGAUCAAGAUAUCCAUGGAGAACGACUACUUGGGCCCGAGGAGGAUUGAAGCCCUAAAAAAAGAAGACUUGGACUGGGAGAAAAAAGCUCAAGAGGCAGUCCUCAACAUCCAGGAGUUUACUAUAAAAUACUUUGAGAUCACUGCCAAGGCCCAAAAAGGGGUGUACGAGCGCAUGAAGGUGGACCAGCGUAAAUUUGGAAAAUCGUCAUGGACAGCGGCGGUGGAGCGAAUGGAGGAACUCCGCUACUCUGUCGCAAAGGAAACCCUGCAGCUCCAGAGAGCCAGGGAGAUCUGUCUGGAGCAGAGGAAACGCACACUUCGAGAGGAGAUGCAGAGCCUGUGUAGCAGUAAAGAUGCCAUGGCCCUCUUGGACCACAUGGAGACACAGUACUAUGAACGCCAGCUCCAGCUGUACGACAUUCAGGGUGAAAUACUGCAGUGUGAAGAGCUGCUCCUCUCAGCUCAACUAGACAGCAUUCGCAGGCAGAUGUCAGAUGACAUAAGAGAGGACAAUACUUCAGAGAGAGAAGAGCUGCACAGACUUCAGGUCAGCGCCCGUCAGCUGGAGGCGAGAAGGGGGCGCAUCACUACCAAGCGCUCCUAUCUGAAGAACAAAAGGGAAAUCUGCAUAUCCAACCACACUAAGAAACAGCAGACAGGGCAAACCAUCCACAAGGACUCCACAUCUUAUCAGCUGAAAAACAUAGACGAGGAAGACGAGGAAAAGAAGAACAGCAGAGUCAGUCAGGAGAGGCAGAGAACUUUAGACAGACUACGCACUUUCAAGCAGCGAUACCCGGGUCAGGUGACUCUGAAGCCCAUUCGACAGCGCGUGGCCCACACCAGAAGAAGAGAGCGCGGAAGGAGCAUGGAAACGAGUAGCGCGAGUGAGAGGGAGGAGCGCGUUGACGGUGUACGGGCGCGAGACCCCCCGCUGUGUCUCAGUACCAGCGUGCAGACGGACCCCAGCUCCACACUCACCACUCAGCCCGUCACAGUCCUCACAGCAUCCCUUCCUCCUCUGCCUGUGCCCAGUCCCGCAGACUACUCCUGCUCGCCCUGCUCCCUGUCCUCACUACUGGCAUACUCCAUGUCCCCUCCUCCUCCACCUCCCCCUCCGCCUCCCCCGCCAAUUAAGGAUGAGCUUUUGCCCUCCGGGAGCCCGGAGCGGCACGGGCAAAAGUUGGAGGGGAAGAAUGCAGCGGAAGAACUCUCCAUCUCCCCACUUGGGCCGUUCAUCCCUCGCUUCUUUGACAGCAGCCAGCUGUUGAGUGCCCGGAAAAAGUUACGCAGGAUUCCAGAGCUGGACUCCCACAGCAGGAGAGAAAGCUCGCCCAUGGACGAGGUGCUCGCUUCGCUGAAGAGAGGCAGCUUCCACCUGAAGAAGGUCGACCAGCGGUCCCUGCCUGCCUCCGCGGAUGACGACGACCCCAACAGCAUCCUCGCUCAGAUCCGAAAGGGGGUCAAACUGAGGCGUGUCCCAAGAAAAGAAAGAAACGACUUUGGAGAACUCCCAACCUCCACCGACCCGCUGACCAGGAGCAUCCAUGAGGCGCUGCGCCGCAUUAAGGAGGCCUCACCGGAGUCCGACUCAGACGACGACGACGACGGGCUGGCCGCCCACGACUGGGACAGCUGGGGCUGAACAACUGACGCAUAUGCCUGCGCACUCCGGCACUGGACGCAUUGCGCUGUACUGCAAAGUGCUGUGUUCAUUCUCUCACACUCAAGCACAAAAAGCCCAGUUGCACGUUAUGCAGUUAUGCCAUUGCCCAUUGAGUCGUACACAUCACCAACUCACCAACUGCUCCGAAGGUCUGAAGUUGACUGUUCAUUUGUUUUUCACACUGAAUUCUCCACCACUGAGGACAGGAUUAGCCAUUUUAUUUCUGCUGAUAAUGUUAUUGUGGUUUUAUUCCUGUAUUCAGAUUGUGCUCUGCACUAGCCUUUUGUGGCCACUUCAACAUUCAGAAAACAGCACACAACCUAUUUAAGAGGGUUAAUUGUGAAAAUGAAAACCUCACAAAAGCUGGUUGUGCUGAGGUGAGGUCCAAAAGACCGAAGCAUAAGAGUGAAAGACUUUAAUUGUAACCCAAAUAUGUAAUAUGUGUGGUUGAUCAUUUGGAGUUAUGUGGGAGGAAAAGAUCCCACUGAGAUUUGAACUGGAUUUAAUGUCCACAUUUGAAACCAUGACACAAUCCCUUCUGCUGAAGCGCUCGUAGUUUUUGUACCAUGACUGAACCGCACUCCUCUGGGCUGCACAUGUGGAUGUGUUAAUAGCCGACAGGACCACUCCUUUCUAAUCUGACACUGCACAAAGACUGUAAGUCCUUAAGUCCGUCACGCCAGACUGGCGCCCCUCCCCCCGCUCUAGUCGCCUUGCGACCUUCACCAUCCCCAACUCUCACCAUCUAUCUGGCUGAGGAAAAAAUGAUCAACCCGUCUGUUUGACUGUUAAAUAUGGCCGUGCUGGUGGGAAACAUGGAGCGUCGCAGUAGGUUUAUAACUAACAUCUCCGAGCAGAAGGUUUCCACCUAGAGUGGGAGAGGAUUAGAUCGAUGGUGGGUCGGAUCUAGAGGUGCAGAGUUUCUUAGCUGGGUGGAGGUCAUGGUUAUUUUCUUUGUAAAGGGUAGGAAGACUUGGCUGGUGAUUCCUUAACUUCGAAUGUGGGAUAGUCACAGCAGAGCUGUGAAACUCUUCCCUCUCGUUUGAAUGAUGGAUGGUCGGUGGGAGGCGAGAUUCUCUCAGCGCCGCGGGGAGCCUCCGUGGGCUGAGGAGCAGGCAGUCGUGAUGGAUGGGGUUUUUAAUGCAUCUUUUCUCAUUUCUUUCUGCGCACUCAGAGGGCAGAAGCACACAGCAGGAGGUCUGUUACUCACAGUGCGGGAAGUGAAGAAAUGUUCACGCACACGUGGACUCAACUCAUAGCCGACAUGUGCGUGAACGUUUCAGAGACAGAGUGAUGCAACGGCCUCCACCCAUAGUUCAUGAUUCGUUUUUAAAAGGGAUUUCAGCACUUUCAUGGCUCUAAAUCGCUUUAUCUGUACAGUAAGAACUUAUUUUCUAUCACUGGUGAAACAUUAUAUCUGCUGUAAAUGAGUCAGUGUUAAAGCACUUAAAUGUGAAAUUGGAUCCAAAGAGGAGUGAUGCAAAGACAUCACACACAUACAUAAGGACUGUCUCUAAAAACCUAAAUGCAAAUAUUUGUGCUUUGUUCCAUGUAAUUGUGUUGAAAGCCUUUCACUGUUUAAUUGUGAAUUCUCACUAAUGUAGAAAGAACAGGCAUGGAAGUCCGUGUCACAUUUAUUUAACUUGAGAAGCUCAUUGCUAGAGACGCCCUUCUACGUGUCCCUUGUCACUGUGAGCACGAUGUUCAUCCAUGGUGCCCUCAUCAUGUAGCACAGUCAGAGAUCUAACCCUGACCUGACUCCCAACACAGACUUUGUCUGAUUUGAUGUCCCAAUACAGGAUCACGUCACAGCUUCCCAAAAUCAGUUAAUGCUAAGGUUCACGUUGCUCCACUGAAAAGCUUUUGGGAAACUGGGCUCAGGAAAUUAAAUCCUUUCCAUGAAUCAACUAUCGGCCACUUGCCUGACUUUAGAAACACACUGUUAUGUUUUACACUGAUCUUUAUCUACCGGUUAUCCACACAGGCAGGCUGCAUGACCCAAUGCCUGCAGCCCGACACUUGAGAAGUGCAACAUCAAUAUAGAGAAGUACAAGAAAGGGAUGAAACAAGAUAAUGGGGGGGGGGGGGGGGUUCAAAGGAAUUGCCUUAAACAAUCAACUUAUUAACUGCUGCAGUUGUCUUUACACAAUAGUGUACAUGCUGUUCCAAAAUAUAUCUUUUUGCCUUUAGUCCCUCCACUUUCACUCCCUCAAACCCUUUUGUUUGUUUAAAACCUUGCCCCUGCAUUUGAAUAAAACCCUGCAAAGCAAA